AUGUACACGGGGUACCAGUACCAAGACCAGUAUAAGCUUCAUCUGGGUGAGUACACUGGCAAUGCGGGGGACGCCCUCCCCGAAGCCCACCCCUCUCCCAGUGGGCAGUGGAACAGUCUAGGGGCCGGUCAACAGGGAGUCAAGUUCAGUACCUACGACCAUCCCAACAAGGACGAUGAGAAGUGUAUCCGCCAUGACAUGUCAGGGUGGUGGUUCAGCAAGUGUGAGUCUGGCAACUUGAACGGUCACUACUACAACGGGUCGUACCAAGCGGUGAUGGAUGACGGGGUGGUCUGGUACACCUGGCACGGCUGGUGGUAUUCAAUCAAAUCCGUAGUCAUGAUGAUCCGGGCCUCCGACGUCCAUCCGGCUGGAUCCAACUGACCAGAACGCCAGACGACAUCGAUCCUGUUAGAGUUUUGCCUCAAUUAGGAUAGGCUAAAGGUGGCGUUACGUCAUAGAGAACAUCCAAUCAU